CCAAAUGUUCGUGUAUGCUUUUUGAGAACAAGGGAAUUGUGUGCCGCCAUGUCAUACGUGUCCUGAGGGGAGCAAAGAUAAAUGAACUUCCAAAUUUUUAUAUACUCAAAAGAUGGGAGAAGAUGUGCAAAAGAGAUAUUGUCUAUGAUGGAGAUGGAAAUCCACUUGAUGAUAAUCCCAUUGACUAUGUUGACAUGGAAACAAGACGAAAGAUCUCGGUAGCACGGAACAAAUUCGAAGAUCUCAUCCGACAUGCGAAAAACUCAAGUGGAGGACUGGACUUGCUCCAUUCGGGUCUGUGUGAUUUGGAAUCAACUAUUUCCCAGUCUACGCUUGCUGUAGCUCAUACUUCACAACAAGAACAAGAAUCAUUUGUUGGUAGCUCCUUCCCUACCCAAGUUGAUAUCCUAACACCUACCAAUAUCGACGCAAGAGGCACAUGCUCGAGAAUUAAGGGCCAUCGAGACAAGGAAAAGAAGGCACAGCCAAAGAAAAAAUUAGGUGUUACUGUACGGGUGCCACGCGUUUGCGGCACAUGCAAAGAACUUGUGCUACAUGACAGCCGUAAAUGUCCGAAGAAAAAAUGAAAAUGUUUAUCUUUUCAAGGUCCUUAAAUCA